UUCGUCACCAUGGGGACGCCUCCACACAUAUGGUUCCUACUUACACUAGCGAUUUCAUCUGGUGGCUUCUCCGCAGUUGCGGGGGACUGCAACCAUCAAUGCUCACCUCAAUCAUCAGUAUUCCAGUAUCAAAAAGGACAUACGUACACCUACAGCUUCGAAGGAACGACAUUGACAAGUUUACCAGGUACACAGGGUGAACCGGUUCGACUGAAACUGAAAGCGACAGCUGAUUUAAGUGUUGCAGAUGAGUGUAACAGAGUUCUGAGGCUACGAGGUGUCACAAUCAAUGGUCCAGACUCAAAGAACUAUGCAAACCUGAAGGACCUCGAAGCACACCCAGUCUUGGCAAACUUCAAAGGAAACUCUAUCAACAAGCAGCUGUGUUCUGAGGAAGGUGACAACCAAAGCAGUCUCAAUAUAAAAAGAGCUAUACUUUCACUGCUUCAGAUACCAAACACAAAGUCUUCAUCAGCCAGUGAGGUGGAUGUAUUUGGAAUUUGCUCAACAAAUGUCCGACAUAGUCAACGUGGUGAUGUGACUGUUAUCUCAAAAUCAAGGAACUUAAACAGAUGUGCUUCUCGUGAGAAUCUAAUACAAGAGAUACUAUCAACUCGAUUUACAGGACAGUCGGACUUACAUGCUACACCAUUGCUUGAUGCAGAUUUACAUGUAGAACAACAAAUUAAAGGUGGAUUAAUUGUCAGUGCUACCAGUCGUGAAUCAUAUCUUUUCCGCCCAUUUUCAAACCAGGGCAAUGGAGCAAAAACCACUGUGGAAACUAAACUCACCCUUACCGCACACAAUGCACAACCAGCUCCACCACUUGCUUCAUUUAAAGUCCCUAAGUCAAUAGUGUUUGAAGCACCUCAUGCUUUGGAAAGUGUGCCUGGAGGAAGCAGUGCUAUUACUGCUGCUCUACAUGCCGCUGAAAGUUCUACAAAAGAUGGAGUCACUGUUGAUGCUGCAGCAAAGUUUCGAACUCUUGUUUCUGUGCUACGUCAGUCUUCUUCCGCUGAUAUUCUUAAGGUUUACAAUGAUGUAAAGGCCGGAGCUGGAUUUAGCAACAAACGUGCUGCAAGGAACCUACUACUGGAUGCCUUGUUCAGGACAAGCACAGGAGAUGCUGUUGAAGUUAUUGCACUCCUGUUAAAAUCUAAAGAAAUAACUACUAACCACUGGUACCGAAGCUUGGCCUUCAUUCAGCAUGCAUCACUGAAAUCUGUUGUUUCAAUAUCGAGCUUACUAGACCAGAAGAAUUUGCCAACAGAAGCAUUCCUCGGCAUCGGUUCUUUUAUUGGCCGUUAUUGCAGAGAACACAAGUGUGAAAAUGUUGCUGAAUUUGAUGAAGUUCUGAGCAAAUUUUCAAAGCAUGUGAGUGCCAGUGUUACAUCAAAGGCAGGAGAAAAUCGAGUAAUCGCAGCCCUUAAAGCUCUAGGGAACAUCCAUCAUCUUAAUAAUGCCCUAGGAGAGAAAGUGAAGCAACUGGCAUUAGAUAAAUCAUUGCGACCUCGAGUCCGUGUAGCAGCACUGGAGGUCAUCCAAAAUGAUCCUUGCCGUAAGAAUUUAAAACAGGCUGCUUUGCAAAUCCUCCGUGAUCAUGUGGAAGAUUCAGAACUACGAAUCAAAGCCUAUCUGGCUGUGGUUGAAUGUCCAUGUGAUAAUGUGGUGAAAGCAAUAAGUAAUUUAUUAGAUAAUGAACCUAUCAUCCAAGUUGGUUCCUUUGUUGUUUCCCACUUGAAAAAUCUUCAGGCGUCAACAGAUCCUAGCAAAGCGGAGGCCAAAGAGAAACUUGGGCAAUUAAAAGCUAAGAAAACAUUUUCCAGUGAUAUUCGAAAGUACUCACAGAAUUAUGAACUUUCGUACGCUAUUGAUGCCCUGAAUGCUGGAGCAUCAGUUGAAUCAAAUGUCAUAUUCUCACAAUCGUCAUAUUUGCCCAGAUCUGUCUCUCUAAACUUGACAGCAGAUAUUUUUGGGCAUUCCUACAAUGUUUUUGAGAUUGCUGCACGAACAGAAAAUCUGGACCAUGUCAUUGAAUCAUACUUGGGACCUAAGGGAUAUAUUGAGUCAGAGGAUGACGAUGAAUUUGUAGAUAAAUUCCAGGAAAAGUAUAAAACUUUGGCCAGCAGGAUAUCAGAGAGAUUUGAGAAAACAUUCAGACAGAAGCGAUCAGUUUCAAAAGAUGCUGUGGAGAAUAUCCGCCAACAGGCUUAUAAUUCCUUACUGCCUUCACAGAAAGACAGAAGUCUUGAUUUGGAUUUAUCCCUUAAAACAUUUGGAUCAGAACUUGCUUGGUUUAAUUAUGAUGGGAAACAUGAGCAAAAAUCUUCUGAACAUGUAGUUGAUGAAGUAUUUGACACAAUUAAUGAAGGACUACAAAAAAGCAAGAAAUUUAAUUAUGACUUUGAGCCUCACUUUACAUUCCUGGAUUCAGAGUUGUCAUACCCAACAAAUCUUGGUUUUCCACUGAAGUUAGCCAUUGAUGGAAGUAUUGCUGCACGUCUGAAACUUAAUGGUGAAGUAGAUGUUCGUUCUAUACUCCGUCAACCAGAAAAUGCAGCCUUCAGGCUAGAGUUUGUUCCAAGUGCUGCAGUAGAACUUACUGGAAAGCUGCUUGUUGAUGCCUAUGUUGUGGAAGGUGGCUUAAAAUUGGAUUACAAUGUGCAUUCAUCAACGGGUAUCAAUGUUGCGGUACAUAACUUGAAUGAUCUUGGCAUAGACAUUAAAGUUGGCCUGCCUGUGAAGAAACAAGAUAUUAUUGAUGUGAAAACAGAUGUUCUUACUACAGUUAAGGAAAGAGGGCAUCCAGAAACUUCCACACCACUUCAUUUUAACUUGCAAGGAAAUGACUACAAACAGUAUCGUGGGUGUUUCGACCAGUUAUCUCCAGUGAGUGGUUUGACAUUCUGUGGUAAUGUGAGUGUUCCUUGGGUUUCACCAACACAUGCUGCUGCCUUUUAUCCUCUUAAUGGGCCUAGUCAUCUGUCUGUCAGUAUUGAGGCUGAUGAUGUAUCAGAAUACCACUUCCGUGCUGAACUUAAGAAGGACGGGUCAGCAUUUAAAUCUGCUGAAGUUCUCUUUGAUACACCUGGCUCUGGUGCUGAUCGUAAAGUGUUGUUGCUAGUUGAAAGAAAAGAAAAACCUCAUCAAGGAGUCACAGCAACUCUGAAAUCUGCAUGGAAAGAAGUUGUUGCUGAAGGUCUCUUAAUAGAUGAUAACAAUGAAAAGUCAGUGUCAGCCAAACUUGUUAUUGAUGCAGAUGAAUAUUCAGUCAAGGGUGGUGUUAAAAUUUCUGGCAAUCCAAACCGCCAAGUAUACAGACCAGUCCUUGAAUAUAAAGCUCCUUCUAAGGAAAAUAAUGCAAAAGUUAAAAAGGCACAUAAGACACCAGAAGGAAUUACUGUUGAUGGAGCAAUUGUGGUUGAAAGGGAUUAUGGCAAGAAUAAAUACACAUUCCAAGAUCUGGCCCUGAAGACACCGAAGGGAACAUACGCUAUCAAUGGGUAUCUGGAUAUUACUCCAAGGAAUUAUGCUUUUGACCUGAAACUUUCAGUGGACAAAAAUGAACUUAAUGUUAAUGGCCAUCUGAAUUAUGCUGAACCAAGAAGCAUAGAUAUUGCUCUUGAAGUUACUUCUCCACAGUACCCUGACUAUGGUUAUGGUUUCCAACUAAUUAACAAAAGAGGAGAUGAUUCAAGUGACAGCAAGAUUAUAUUAGCUUCUGGAAGAGAUCUGAAGAGUGAUAGAUCGAGGAUCAUUAUUGAACAUUUCAUUAAAGGCAAAUAUGAGACCCUGGACAAGUUCAACCUAGAAACAUCAGCGAAAGUCAUAGGUACUGGACAUGAAAUUCUUGGAAAAUUUGAAAUCAGUUCUAAGCCCAGGCAUCUUGAGUAUGACCUGAAACUUGGGUAUGAUGCACUAGAGCUGAGCUCCAGUUUGGUUGCUAAAAGAGACAUAAAAGCCCCUGACGAUUACGAAUUAAAAUUUUCAGCAAAAAUUCUUGACAAUAGUAUCCGGAUUGAAAGUUCUCGUGAAGUGAAGCCCAAGGAUGAUUCUGUAUUCCUAAACACACUAAUAGUGCUAUCAGGAAAAAAAUAUGAGCUCCAGGUUGAUAUCAAGUCUGCAACUGAAGAUGAAUAUCACACUUCCUUGAAAGCUGAAAGCACCUUGAAGAUUGAAGGAAAAACUUCAGUCAGAUUAAUCACGGAAUUCACAACAGAUGCCCAAGCUGUAAAUGCACAUGUUAAACUGUCAAGUGAAGGAGAAGAUUCCUUUGAAAUUGUUUACAAACUCAAUAGAGGUUCUGGAAAUCCGAGUGGCAAUGCUAAGCUGUUUGUGAAAAACUACCUGGAUGGAACUGUAACAUUCAAAUACAACAAUGGAGUUGGAACUGGCACUCUGCAGAUUGAUGUACCAAAACUGCACCGUAAAAUUAAAGCAACUGGAGAUCUUACACUGUCUGGAUCACAGCGUUCUGCAGCAAUUGAUUUGUACUGGGAUGCUGAUAGAGAUCAAUCAAAACAGUUGCAUUUUAAGACUGAGAAUGAUGUUAAAGAAAAAUCAAUUGACUCAAAGAACACAUUAAGACUACUGGAUCAGCUAACAACACUGAACUUCAAAGGAAGCCUUUCUGGAGCAAUAGAUGAUGGUAAACUGGAAGGAGAGGGUGAACUGAUACUUCCAACUGGAAGAUACUUAGGUUUUAAAUUUGGAAGAGCACUACAUCUUACACAGGCUGAUACUAAACUGGGUCUUCACCUUCAAGCAGAAGAUCGUGAGAGUGCUUCUAGUAGUCAGCCAAAGUGGAAGACAGACUUCUUACUUGAAUCUGGUCUAACAAGAGAUUCAUUUCAAGGAGAAUCAAAGUUUUUGUUUGAAACAGAAGGAAAGCAUGAUCUGAAACUGUUCUUGUCUGGAAAAUUACUUCCACAGGGAGAGAAAAAACUAAUUUCUGGACAGUUUUCAGGUCAAGGUUCAGUAUUAGGUGGCAGAACAUCUGUUAUCAAGCUUAAUUCUGAAAUCGAUGAAACUUUCAUAACAUACAACCUCAAUAGUGAAUGUAGUCAAGGAUACCGAGCUAACAUUGUGGGCAAGAUAAACAGAGGUUACAGUCCAGUUGCUGUGAAGCAGAUAGAAAAUACUGUGGAAUUACUUUUGCCUUUUGACAAAUUGAAACAGCUAAAACACACCAUAAUAGGAACUUUUUCAUCUCAACCUGAAUCAGCACCUGAGUUCACAGUCAGCAAUGUCCUUAUUUGGAACAAUGAGAACACCCUUAAACUCAUAGGAGAAGCUGCUGGUGAUGAGAAGGAGGGUAGAACCAAGUGGGAUCUUAUUUUACCAAAGGAAGAGCCCCGAACACUGGAAACAACAUGGAGUAAUGCUGGAGAUAAUAAGAAGGCUGGGUCCCUGUCUUUUAAAUGGGGUAACAAUAAGGAAGCCAAAGUGUCCACUGAUAUUGAGUUUACGCCAGAUAAUCAACCACACAUUUUGCAUCUGAAAGCUACGUCACCAACAGAAAAAUUUGGCAACUUGGAUGUCACUUUAUCUGUGGAGAAAAAUGCCAACCCAGCAGAUAAAAUUGAUUUUGAAGUGACAGUCAUUGCAGAUCAAAAGAAAACUGAUGUUAAGGGAUCCUUAGGAUUUGCUCCAGGUGUUCCAAUAAUUGACAUAGUUGCAGUACAACCAUCAGGAACAUCCAAAAUCUUUGUUGACUUCCUGAGAAAAAGUGACAGUGAGUUACAUGGAGCUAUUGAACUGCAAUGGGUUUCUUUUGGUGGUGGAUAUCUGACUGCCAAUGGUGACAUAAAGCUAGAUAUUGAUGAUUUCUAUCUGAAACUGGACAUCGACUCUCCAAAGUUUAAUUUCAACAAAUGGCACCUAGAAGCAGGCCAGAGAGCUGCAAAAGGCAGUAAACGAAUUGUUUUUAAUGCAAAAUCAGCAGAAAAAGUUGUUUUCUCUGGCAGUACAAAUUUCCACAGCAAGGCAGAGAACAAUAAAAUUUCAUAUAGUGGAAAUGGCCAAGUUAGAAUUGGAGACAAAGGUCAUAAUUUUAAUUUCCGUUCUUCAAGACAGAAUCUCCUGCAGGAAAGUGAUAAAGAAAUUGGUGUAGAGUAUAAUCUUGAAUUUGAAGUUGCGGGCCGUGGUUCACUGCACAACAAACUGAAAGUUUCAAACAAAGAAUUCCAUGCCUUAGGAAGACAGUGUUCUGAAGGAAAACCUAAUUGUGCUGUUAUUGAGAUUCAGUCAAAAGUGUCAGUGUCUGAUGCAAAGGAAACAACUCAUGAUUUAGUGUUUUUAGUAGAUCUGAAGAGUGUUGGUGUUGACACAGGUAUAGCACUUACUGCAGAGACUGUAAGAAGAGGUUUCUGGUUUAUAGACGAACAAGUUUCACUGACCUUAAGUCAUAAUGGAGACACAACAUACAAGUAUAAGGCAUAUGUAAAGGAAACAGGAGGUGGUUUCACUGUGACACUUCCAAGCCGUGUAAUUGCUGCUGAGGUCAAAGUAGCACCAGAUGUCAAACCCAAUCACUGGAAACAGCAAAUCAGUGCAAGUGUCUGGCUAGACAAAACUCGUCUUCCUAAUUCUUUCUCAUCAUUAAUUCUAUUAUUAGAAGAAGUUGAAGACAAAGAUACAGAUAAAUAUGUAGGUCAGUUGAGGUUCACACAUCCAAAUCUAGAAAAGGACCUUACAGUGAAAGGCUAUAUUCAGCUAGGAUCUGAAGAUAAACUUUUUGACAGUAAUUUGGAAGUUGAUAUAUUUAAACAAAGGAAUCAAAAAAUCUCCAUUUCGUCUCAUAUUGUGAAACAAAAGCAGAAUGAUGGAUUAAAACUACUGAGUUCAUUUGAUGUCAAAAGCAAGGGCCAUGAGUUGGAUGUAACUGGCAGAGGUGAAGCAAUAAUCCUUACUAAAUCAGUUACUUUGCACUCUGUGUUGAAGUACAAGAAAGACAAACGAAUAAAAGAGUCUGAAUUUCAGUUUGAAGCUUCAAGUGAGAAGUUGCUUGUGCAUGCAAAGGUUCCCAAUCAUCAUCUCCUUCAUAUUGAUGCAAGCACAAGAAGAAGUAACAAACAUGCUGCUGUUGAUGCAUCUGUACAUAUCAUUGGCCUCCCUACAUCAGUGAUUCAUUUUGAAGGUGAAAACAAAGGCUUCCCAGUUGUCAAAGGCACUGUUAGUUCUGAAGGUACACCAAAUAAGAAGCUAGAACUGAUUGCAGAUUUAUCAGAUGGUGUUCAUGUGGAAGCCGAUUACAUUUCAGAAUCAGGGAAGAAAGAACUCUUCUAUACCUUCCUCUCAGCCAGGAAAGAUGAUCGCAAACCUGAAUUCAGGUGGUCUGUAGAAAAUAUUCAGUCUGUACUGGAGCCACAUAAAAAUGACAUUAAAGAAGUUUUAAAUAAGGCAAAAGAAAUUUCUCAGGAAGCAGGAAAUGAAAUAACCAAGGAGGUCACUAGACUGACAGAGUCACUAAAAGGUGGUCUACCAAAUUUUGGACGUUUUGUAAACACUUAUGAAACUCAGAUAAAUGCUUUGAAGAAUGAAAUUACGAAUGACAAAGUUCUUAAGGAGAUAUCCGAAAACUGGAGAGAAAUAAUUGGUGAUGCCACUGAAGUUGUAACAACUCUUGUCAAUGGCAUUAUUGUUACUAUUGAUGCACUACUGAAAACAUUUAAUGAGUUGGCAGAAUCCAUCCUUGAUGCUCUGAAGAAAUCACUACCUGCAUUACAAGAGGCAUAUAAUCAGCUAGUAGAAGGAAUUGUUGAAACAACACAGACACUUGCCCAGACCAUAGUGGAUAUUCUUUCUUCAGUUGCUGAAAUUCUCAAGAAGCAUGAAGCAGAUAUUAGAGAAUACCUGUCCUUACUUGCUGACUUGGCAAAUGAUGUUGGAAAGUUUGUUACUAAAAUCACUGAUGUGAUUUAUGAAGGAGUUAUUGAAUUUUCAAAACCAAUUGUAGAGCAAAUAGAGGGACUUCACUUUGGUGCAGCCAUUGGAUUUAGCAAGACACUGGAACAACUUCAGAAUCUAGUAGUACCUCAAGAACUACUUGUAUUUGUGCAAGAUAUUGUGAGUGAACUUAAACAAUCAACACUAACACCAGAAAUUCAUGAUCUCCUGGAAGCCAUCGAAAAAUAUAUUGAAAAGGUUUCAACAAACAAAGAUGCAGAUACAGAGAAGGAGCUAAAAGUAAUUUUUGAGAAGGCUGUUGAUGCAGUAGAAUCCCUAAUUGAUUUCAUAGUCAGUGAAAUUACUGGUGGUGAACAUACAAAGGAUCUGUAUGACUUCAAUAUUCCAGCAGCACUGCCAUCUUUCAUACAGUUACCAAGAGUAUUUUCAGUUCGUUUCAGUCCAUUUAUCUACCUUGUUUCAAAUGGAGUGCCAUGUUUAAGUGAACUCAUUGCUUCUUACAGACCUUCAUUGGAUAUUGAUAAACUGAUACCACCAUAUGAUGCAACAGCUAUUCUACUGAAUUCGCAUCACUUCUUCACAUUUGAUCGUCGGCAUCUAACAUUCAAAGGAAUAUGUUCAUACAUUUUGGCCCAAGAUGCACAGGAUGGAAACUUCACGAUAAUUGCUAAUAUUGAAGGUGGAUCACUCAAAUCGAUUAUUGUUAGUGAUCAUGCAACAACAUAUGAGUUGGCAUCAGAUAAGUCGUUAUUGGUUAAUGGAAGACCUACAGAAUACCCUGCAGAUGAAGGAGAUUUCCAUGCUUGGAGAGAAUAUAACAGAGUCGGUAUUCAAAACAAAGCUGGUGUGAAAGUUACCUGUGAAACAAGUAUUGAACUUUGUACAUUUGAAAUAAAUGGAUUCUAUUUUGGAAAGACAAGAGGGUUACUUGGAACAAUUAAUAAUGAACCAUGGGAUGACUUCACCAAACCAGAUGGACAAGUUGCUAAACAAGCAAAUGAAUUUGGAAAUGCAUGGAAAGUCAAUACUCAGUGUGCUGAUGUAGAUGGUGUUGAUCAUCAUGAACAUAACAUUAAAAUUGAAGAAUGUGAGGAGGUGUUUUCAAAGGCCAGUCUUUUGAGCCCAUGCUCUCUCUUCGUGGAUCCAGCUCCUUAUCUGGAAGCUUGCAAUCACAUUGCACAUGAGGCAACUACAAAAGAAGAAAAGGAAUUAGCUGCUUGUAGGACGGCAGCUGCAUAUGUAACAGCUUGCAGUGUUGAAAAUGUGUUUGUAUCAGUGCCAACACACUGUGUUCACUGUUCUGUAAAUGGAGAUGCGGCUAUUGAUAUUGGGCAGUCAUUCUCUGUCAAAGUUCCUCAGAAGUCGGCAGAUAUACUUAUUGUACUGGAACAAGUGACUGGAAAUGCUGAAACUGUGAAAGAUUUUGUGAGCCCCAUAGUCUCUCAACUCACACAGGAAUUGGGCAGCAGAGGAAUCAGCGAUGUCUGGAUUUCAUUAAUUGGGUAUGGAGCACCAGGUCAAGAAUAUCCACACCUCUACACAAGUGCUGGUGGCAAAUUUAGUUAUGAUGGGAAACAAAAGAACAUUGAGUUUGGUGAACGGAAAGUUCUUGGACCAAUUCCAUUAGAAAGCUUCAUUGAUACUUUAGACUGGCUGGAUGAAUUUACAGAUCAAGCAUUCCAUUUCAUCACAACUGCAGAGACCAUUUUGGACUACCCAUUUAGGCCAGGUGCUGCAAAAUCAAUUAUCUAUGUUCUGGACACAUCCUGCGAAACUACAACACUUUUGAAACAUUUACAGCUGCCAGUGAAAGCACUGAAACUGAAGGAUUCAAUUGGUAGUCCUGGAAUUGUCCUCCAUCUAGUCACAAAUGUUGAUAACGUUCAAAAUAAACACAUUGUGGGCUUUGAUGCCGAUCAUGCAUACUAUAAUCAGGAAGGAAAGAAACGACAGGUAACAGAAGUCAGUGGCAGUGCAAAGGCAGCAUUGAAAAUCCCAGAAACAGCAUGCAGCCAAAUUGCAUUAGCGACAAGCGGCACUGUUUUCAACAAGAAUAACCUGAAACAGGCUAAGAAGUUUGUUGCUCAGCACAUUGCUGAUUCACUUACUAAUGUUGAACUCACUCAGGACUGUAAGUGUCUACCAGUUGAAGGUAUUCAUACAAGAGCUGUAUGUGCGGUGACAGGUGCAAGAGAAAAAGAACACUUAAGUGUUAAAGGAGUCAAAGGAACUAAGGGUGUUAAAGGAUGACUUGUGUGACUUGAGUAUUGCGUUGUAUGAGAACUGAAUGUUCGUAAAAAAUUCUUAAUAUGGAAUGAAAGUGAAAAACGCAAUUCUAAGCCUCAUGCAUGAGGCAAAGGACUCUAGAGUUUUUGUUCACAAUUUCAUGGACACGUUGAAAUGGACAACCACACAUUAGUUGACAGGAUACUCCCAGGUUCUGAAACUGCUACUCUACUGAGUCACAGUAGUAUAUUACACAACUAGUAUCAUAAGCAGAAAUGUGUUUUCAUAAGAAAAAGUGUAUGACUGCAACACAAAAAAUAUCAUUACAUAAACUUCAUUAACUAUUGUCAACAUGACUGUCAUCCUUUAAAUAAAUCACAUUCUCAUGAUUUGUACUAAAUAGUAAGUCACUACACUUUCUGUCAUGGUAGCAUUGUGUGUUAGAAUUCUGACAUAAUUUGCAUGUGUUUGAUUAUUUAAACAGUUUGCUGUCUAUGUCCUGUAUUUAUUUAAUUUGAAGUUGUGCUCAUAGUUCCUCACAGUGUGUAAGCAGUUGCAUAAAGCAUUUUUUUUGUAAAGUAUUUGCAGAAUAAAAUUAGUCUUUCUCUUCUGUAUUCCAUUUAAUUAAUGAUUUCCAUUCACUGAGUUUGUAAAUUAUGUAGUGUGUCCUGUGAAUGAAGAGUGACAGAAAUAAAUUUGUAAUUUCAUAA